CCCUUGUGCGCAGGCGCAGGCGGCCGCCGCCGAGCCCUCUUGCGCAGGCGCGCUGCCCGCUUCUUCAGGGACUAAGCUCCCGAGAUGAAAAGUUUCCCUGCCCGGGGCGGCGCUAACCGUGAGCGGCCCGGAACAGGUGGCAGAGACGCCGCCGCUGCGCAGCCGUUGGUCCUCUUGGCUUUACCUGCGCUCACGGUCACUUUUGGUCACCUCGGGAGCGGUUCGCCCGGCUGAGGGAGGCCGAGGCGAGGCGGCGCCAGCGCGCCUGCGGGUACGGCGGCCGGAAGGGAUCAGAGGCGGCGCCGCCGGUGACAGCCACGAGCCACACCCUUUCCCCACGUGGCCGCGGAGACCGGCUUGAGAGUGUCUGAGGGCCGCGGCCCCACGCAGAAGGGCUGAAGAUGACCUCCAAGCGCAUCACUCAGGAGACCUUUGAUGCUGCUGUCCGUGAGAACAUCGAGGAGUUUGAGAUGGGGUCGGAGGAGGCAGUGAAAGAGGCUGUGGAGCAGUUUGAAUCACAGGGGGUUGAUCUGAACAACAUUGUAAAGAUGGCACCCAGAGUCUCUGCAGACGGACCCCAGGAGCCCAAACACGACAUCCUGCAGGCCCUGGAUGACCUGCAGGAGUCCGUGGCCCGCUCUGGCCCUCAAGAUGUGUCAGCUCACCUUGCCCGCUUUUGCGAGCAGUGCAAGCAGCACAAGGCCUGCCGCUUCCUGGCAGCCCAGAAGGGGGCCUACCCCAUUCUCCUCGCCACCUGGAAGCUGGCCACAGCUGGUGACCGGGGCCUUCUGCUCCAGGCCCUCAAUGCCCUGUCAGCCCUGACCGAUGGCCAGCCUGACCUUUUGGACGCCCAGGGCCUUCAGUUGCUGGUGGCCACGCUGGCCCGGCAUGCUGAUACAGCUGAUCUGACCUGCUCUGGGAUCCGCUGCGUGCGCCAUGCCUGCCUGAAGCAUGAGCAGAAUCGGCAGAGCCUGGUGAAGGCCGGUGUGCUGCCCCUGCUGACCGGUGCCAUUGCCCAGCACGGCCACUGUGCUGAUGUGGUCAAGGAGGCCUGCUGGGCCCUCCGCAUCAUGACCUUCGACGACGACAUCCGUGUGCCCUUUGGCCAUGCCCAUGACCACGCCAAGAUGAUUGUGCAGGAGAAUGGAGGCUUGAAGGUGCUCAUCGAGGCUGCCAAAGCAUUCCCUGACAACCCUGGCAUCCUCAGUGAGCUCUGCAGCACCCUGUCCCGCCUGGCCGUCCGCAACGAGUUCUGCCAGAUGGUCGUUGACCUCGGGGGCCUCGGCGUCCUAGUGGCCCUGCUGGCUGACCACAGCGACCAUCAGGACCUCGUGAAGCAAGUGCUGAGCGCCCUGCGGGCCAUCGCAGGCAACGAUGAUGUGAAGGAUGCCAUUAUCCGUGCUGGCGGGACAGAGUCCAUCGUGGCUGCCAUGACUCAGCACCUGGCCAGCCCCCAGGUGUGUGAGCAGAGCUGUGCAGCGCUGUGCGUCCUGGCUCUGCGCAAGCCAGAGAACAGCCGCAUCAUUGUGGAGGGCGGUGGAGCCCUGGCUGCACUGGAGGCCAUGAAGGCACACCCGCAGGAGGCCAGCGUGCAGAAACAGGCCUGCAUGCUGAUCCGUAACCUGGUGGCCCGCAGUCAGGCCUUCUCACAGCCCCUCCUGGACCUGGGGGCUGAGGCACUCAUCUCACAGGCCCGUGCCACCCACCGAGACUGUGAGGAUGUGGCCAAGGCCGCCCUGCGGGACCUGGGCUGCCACGUCGAGCUGCGAGAGCUGUGGACGGGCCAAAAGGGCAACCUGGCGCCGUGACCCCAGACUCAGUCUGCACUGUGACUCUGGAUGAGUCAUGUGACUCAGGAAAUGGGGGGAGAUCUGUGCCUGCCACUCUGUGCCCCAGAUUCCUUCCCCCUCAGCAAGAG